AUGGCUUCGGCUACUUUUUCUGUAGCCAAACCAGCUAUUAAGGCAAAUGGGAAAGGCUUCUCUGAACUCUCUAGUCUACGCAACUGUGAUUUUCAUUCUGCUGUUGCCUUCCAAACCAAUGCAGUUGGAAGUAGUGGAAGAUACAAGAAAGGUCUUGUAGUGGAAGCAAAACAACUGAAGGUAGCCAUAAACGGAUUUGGAAGAAUCGGAAGGAACUUCUUGAGAUGUUGGCACGGCCGCAAGGACUCGCCUCUUGAUGUCAUUGCCAUCAAUGACACCGGAGGUGUAAAGCAAGCUUCUCACCUUCUCAAGUAUGAUUCGACACUUGGAAUCUUUGAUGCUGAUGUUAAGCCUGUUGGUACUGAUGGCAUCUCAGUUGAUGGAAAGGUUAUCAAAGUUGUCUCAGACCGCAACCCUGCCAACCUUCCUUGGAAGGAGUUGGGGAUAGACUUGGUGAUUGAAGGAACUGGAGUGUUUGUGGACAGAGAAGGUGCGGGGAGGCACAUUACAGCAGGGGCUAAGAAGGUUCUCAUCACUGCCCCUGGAAAAGGAGACAUCCCUACUUAUGUGGUUGGUGUCAAUGCUGAUGCUUACACCCAUGACGACGACAUUAUCAGCAAUGCUUCUUGCACCACUAACUGCCUUGCUCCCUUUGUCAAGGUCCUUGAUCAGAAAUUCGGUAUUAUCAAGGGUACCAUGACUACCACUCACUCCUACACCGGUGACCAACGUCUUCUUGACGCGAGUCACCGUGACCUAAGGCGUGCGAGAGCAGCAGCACUUAACAUAGUGCCAACAUCAACAGGAGCAGCUAAAGCAGUGGCCCUUGUCCUCCCAACACUCAAAGGCAAGCUCAACGGUAUUGCACUUCGUGUGCCAACACCAAACGUUUCGGUGGUGGACCUCGUCGUUCAAGUUUCAAAGAAGACAUUUGCUGAAGAAGUGAAUGAGGCUUUUAGAGAGAGUGCAGCCAAGGAGCUGACUGGUAUUCUCUCAGUUUGUGACGAGCCACUCGUGUCCGUAGAUUUUAGGUGCACUGAUGUGUCAUCUACCGUGGAUUCCUCACUGACAAUGGUCAUGGGUGAUGACUUGGUUAAGGUGAUUGCUUGGUAUGAUAAUGAGUGGGGUUACUCACAAAGGGUUGUUGAUUUGGCUGACAUUGUUGCCAAUAACUGGAAGUGA